CGAAAUCAAAAUGACGUCAAUACUGAUACCCCUCUGCUGACUAUUCGUGUAUUAAGAGGUCACGUGACGUCCUACGUUCUUUCCUUUUUUCCGCUCGUGGCAUUAGCACUGCAAUAACCAUAAGCACAUACUGGUAGCAAGAUGGGUGCCGAGAAGAAGCAUAUCAACAUUGUUGUCAUUGGACACGUAGAUUCAGGCAAAUCUACCACAACUGGACAUUUGAUCUACAAAUGUGGUGGUAUCGACAAGAGAACCAUCGAGAAGUUCGAGAAGGAGGCCCAAGAGAUGGGAAAAGGCUCCUUCAAGUAUGCCUGGGUAUUAGACAAACUGAAGGCUGAGCGUGAACGUGGUAUCACUAUUGAUAUCGCUUUGUGGAAGUUUGAGACUCCCAAGUACUUCGUUACGGUCAUUGAUGCCCCUGGACAUCGUGAUUUCAUCAAGAACAUGAUCACAGGAACAUCUCAGGCUGAUUGUGCUGUAUUGAUCUGUGCUAGCAGUGUUGGUGAGUUUGAAGCUGGUAUAUCCAAAAAUGGUCAGACCAGAGAACACGCUCUGCUUGCUUACACCCUUGGUGUAAAACAGCUGAUCAUUGGAGUCAACAAGAUUGACAACACUGAACCACCAUACAGUAAGGCACGUUUUGAAGAAAUCCAAAAGGAAGUGUCCUCUUAUGUUAAGAAGAUCGGUUACAACCCAGAUACUGUACCAUUCGUCCCAAUUUCUGGAUGGCAUGGAGAUAACAUGUUGGAAGAAAGUGCCAAUACCUCUUGGUUCAGCGGAUGGAAGGUCACAAAGGCUAAGAAAGAGUACAGUGGAAAAACUCUUGUUCAGGCUCUUGACAACAUUGAUCCCCCCAAACGUCCCACAGACAAGCCACUCCGUCUGCCCCUCCAGGAUGUUUACAAGAUAGGAGGUAUUGGAACAGUACCAGUAGGACGUGUUGAGACUGGUGUGCUGAAGCCUGGUAUGGUGGUAUCAUUUGCCCCUAAUGUAGUUACCACUGAGUGCAAAUCUGUAGAGAUGCAUCAUGAAUCCCUUACUGAGGCUACUCCAGGAGACAAUGUCGGAUUCAACAUCAAGAACGUAUCAGUAAAGGAAAUCCGUCGUGGUAAUGUUUGCGGAGACUCCAAGAAUAACCCCCCUAAAGAGGCCAAGACCUUUAUUGCUCAGGUUAUCAUCCUGAACCACCCUGGACAGAUCAGCAAUGGAUACGCCCCAGUGUUGGAUUGCCAUACAGCGCAUAUUGCCUGCAAAUUCAGUGAGAUCCAGAAGAAGAUUGAUCGACGAUCUGGAAAAGAACUUGAGGAUGCCCCCAAGUUUGUCAAAUCUGGAGAUGCUGCCAUCGUCAACAUGACACCCCAGAAGCCCAUGUGUGUGGAGUCUUUCUCUGAGUUCCCACCCCUGGGACGUUUCGCUGUACGUGACAUGAAGCAGACUGUGGCUGUUGGAGUCAUCAAGUCUGUAGAGAAGGUAGAAAAGGCUGGCAAAGUGACAAAGGCUGCAGCCAAGGCCGGCAAGAAGUGAUGGUUGUGGACAUUGCCUAAUCUCAGUCAGUCCAAAAAUGACAGCAGAACCCAGAACCCCAGGAGUAACUUAAAAAACUUAAAAACUAAAUGUAUUUCAAGUAGAGCUAUGUUUAUUCAUGCAGAGAACAUUGUACGUGAUCAUCAGUCUAAUCAGAUGAAGAGACAGUAUAGAAUGAUUAAUCAACCGAUGCCGCUUGUGAUUUUAAUUUCUUUACCAGUAUGGUUAAUUAGGUCUAAACACCAUCGGAAAGAAUUCCGAAGGAAAGGUAGCUAAACCAAGUACCUUAACUUAUGUGCUUGUUGCAAUGUAACAUGCUGUGGUGAUGAUUUUAUUUUUUUUAAACAAUGUACGAUCAUGUACACACAAUUAUGCUAAAUAAACUAUGGUCUUAUG